CUCAGAGAUCUGCCUGCCUUUACCUGGGAUUAAAGGUGUUUGCCACCACUGACUGGCUUUAAAAUGUAUCUUUCAAAAAGACGCUUAAUCUUUCCACACCAUCACCAUAGUACACAUGAAUGUCCUAGCUGGUGUUCUGAAGAGCAUCAACAAUGCUGAGAAGAGAGGCAAACACCAGGUCCUCAUCAGACCCUGCCCCAAAGUCAUCGUUCAGUUCCUAACUGUGAUGAUGAAGCAUGAUUGCAUUGGUGAAUUUGAAAUCUUUGAUGACCACAGAGCUGGAAAAGUUGCCAUGAACCUCACAAGCAGGUUGAACAAGUGUGGAGUGAUCAGCCCUAGAUUUGAUGUGCAGGUCACAGACCUAGGAAAAUGGCAGAACAAUCUGCUCCCACCCUGUCAGUUUGACUUCAUUGUACUGACAGCUUCAGCUGGCAUCAUGGACCAAGGAGAAGCAAGAUAAAAACACGCAGGAGGGGAAAUCCUGGGAUUCUUUUUCUAGAGAUGUAAAACACAUAAAUAAAAAGCCUCUAUGGACUAUGAAAAAAACUAAAAACAAAACGAACAAAUGCUUGAGAAAGUAAAAAGGCAGCUCAUAAAAUGAGAGGAAAUAUUUCCAAAUUAUGUAUCUUGCAAAACUCUAGUAUCUACAGUAUAUAAAGAAUUCUUGCAAGUUGAAAUCAGAAAGACAUCCCAACUAAAAAAUUUGAGUCAGAGGCUAGAAAUGUAGCUCAGUUGGUAGAGUACUUGGCCAGCAUGCAAAAAGCUCUGGGUUCAAUGCCCAUUACUGCAUGAACCAGGUAUGAUAGCACAUCAUCUAAUGCUAGGAGAAAGCAGAAGGGUUGGAAGCUGAGAUUGGGCCAGUGAAAUGGUUCAGUGGGUAGUGACGUACAGACACACAUCAGGCAAACAUUCAUACACAUAAGAUAAUAAAUAAAAUAACAACAACACCAAUAAAAAACACAAAGCUGAACACACACACAUACCCCAA